CCAUAAGGGGCUGCAGUCACAUGAGUAAGAAGGGCCGGGCCAUGUAUCCUUGAUGCUCAACCUGUUUGUGAACCUCAAGGAGAUGAAAUCUGUUGCUUUCCCCUGAGCUUCAUCUGUCUGGGUCACAGAGCUCAUCCAUAACAAAAUGUCUGACGCGGAAGAAGUCAUUGAGGAGGAAGUUCAAGAGGAUGAAGCGCAUGAAGAGGUGACAGAUGGGUCAAAGCCCAAGCCAAAGUUCAUGACAAAUAUUGCUGCCCCAAAAAUCCCUGAUGGUGAAAAAGUGGAUUUUGAUGACAUCCACAGGAAACGCCAGGAGAAGGAUCUGUCUGAGCUGCAGUCUCUGAUCGAGGCUCACUUUAUCCAGAGGAAGAAAGAGGAAGAAGAGCUCAUCACUCUCGUUAACAGAAUUGAGAAACGACGUGCCGAGAGAGCAGAGCAGCAGAGGGUCCGGGCUGAGAGAGAGAAGGAGAGGCAGGCCAGACUUGCGGAGGAAAAAGAGCGGAGGGAGCAAGAGGAGCAACGUAAGAAGUAUGAUGACGAUGCCAAGAAGAAGAAGGCCCUGUCAAACAUGACCGCGCAGUACAGUGCUGGACAAAAGACUGAUAACAGAAAAGGAGCCAAGAAGCAAACUGAGAGAGAGAAGAAGAAGAAGAUCCUGGCUGACCGCAGGAAGGCUUUAAACGUGGAUCAUCUGAACGAGGAAAAACUCAAGGAGAAGGCCAAUGAGCUGUGGCAGUGGCUGAUGGGACUGGAAGCUGAGAAGUUUGAUCUCGGUGAAAAACUCAAAAAGCAGAAAUACGAUAUUAACCAGCUUCUUGCUCGAGUCCAGGACCACCAGAGUGCCAAAGGACGUGGCAAGGGCAAGAUGGGUGGCCGGCUGAGGUAGAGGAGCAGCCAGACCAGGACGAAGCAGACCACGACGGGUCUAUUAUAUGUGGCCAUUUCACCAUUGUUCUGUUGUGUUGGGUUACAUGUCAUUAUCAUAUCAAAACAAUAAAUAAAUCAUUACAUCCACUC